UUGAAUCUCGUCCGGAUCAGUUCGAGAAAAAAAAGUGUUAAAACGAUGGUCCGCUUGCUAAUCGUGCUGGUCGCCCUGCUGACCUUCGCCGGGCAGCCGUUGGCCGUUCGGGGGCAGCAGGAAGUGUCCGAUUUGCCGGAAGUGAAGGGCUACAAGCUGCACUGCAUCGAGUCUAGCGGCAUUACGGAGUCGUCCGCCAAGAAGCUCGCCGCUGGCGAGUCCAUCAAGGAGCCCGACCAACCGACAAAGUGCUUUGUGCAAUGCUUCUUCCAAAAGCUGCGCCUGAUGGAUGAGCAGGGCGUCGUGCUGAAGGACAAGCUGGAGGUGUUCCUCACCAAGCUGAUGGACGCGGACAAGGCGAAGGAUUACGUGCAGCAGUGUGACCUGCGGCGCACCAAUCCGUGCGAUACGGCCUACGCCGUGUACGAUUGCUAUUUGGGCAAGAAGGCGAAGCUGUUUUGAGUGCGCCCUCGAUUGUGUGUGUGUGUGUGUUUCGUUUUUACAGUAAACAGUAAAUUGGCACACCAAAACAGAAACCCGUUUUCUUG